AUGAACGAUCCAGACGCGGGGAGUGUUAGACCCCCUGGCAACAGCGAUGCCGCCAGUGACGCAGUGCGGCCGCCACAGACCAAGCCCAACCCCAAUGAUGCUAGCCCGAACCCAGCAUCACCUCGCCCGCAGCAGGCCGCAGCACCCGCACCCGCUACCACGACGGCGGGGCCCGGAGACGGAGUUGAGUACGACGACUUUGGUCUGCCCAUCAAGAAGUCCCUACCGCCCCCUGCUAGCCACACCGACUUGCCCGCAGACACCCCGGACGCUGGAGAGCGGGCUGGGAGGAAAUGGAGCGUGAGCCUACGGACCAGGAGCGCCAGCCGCUCUUCAGCCAAGUCGACCCAUUCGCACAGGAGAAUGCCGUCGACCACCUCGCUGCGCGGCCGCAGGUCACGGUCGUCGAGCAUCUCACAUCACCAAAUCGACGUGCCCGACUCCGAUAGCGGCGAGGAAGACUUCGACUCUGCCGCCUCCAGACCUAUGUCGCGGGCUGCGUCGGUUCAGAGCCUCCGAAGUGUGGGGGGAGACUCCAUGACCCCAGUUGUCCCGAGGCUUGCCCCUGGUAUUGCGUCGGUCUUGACCGAGGACCCCGCAGAGAGGACACCGACCGCACCGGUGGCCUCCCGGAAGCCGGGUGGCAAGGAGGGGGGAAAAGAAGACCAAAACGGCGACACAAAUGCAAAGGAGUCGGUGACAGCCGGUGAUAAGGACAAGUCGAAACCACAUGCAGCCAGCCGCAGCCGGGCAACAAGCAUCGCCAGCUCCGUCAGCCGCAGCCGUGCAGCAAGUGCCGCUAGUAUGCGUAGCUUCAAGCACGGCCGACAAGCAAGUACCACCAGCGCGGCGGACCCGACACAACUGUCUGAAUUCUCCCACCAGGCACUAGUCACCAAGAAGGAAGAGGCGACACUGGACGAAGAUGGCGGAUGGCAAGAAAUGCCGUCAUACGCGGCUUAUGAUAUUUACGACGACGACAACAGACUUGUUGCCAAGGAAUUCAACGAGGCCGAGGACGAGACGGAGAAGUACGGCUACGGCGGGCUUGGCGGCGCUGGCAAGGGCUACACCAAAGUGCUGGUGGAUGACGAUGCUGAGUCGGCAACGAGCAUGGACGAAAACACAAACUACCUCUUCAAGGGUUCCGGAAACAGUCUCCAGGACGAGGAGGAAGCACGGGACGCCGUGUCCCAGCUGCAGGCCACCAAGGAUCUGCUGACCGAGGGGCAGCGCAUCGCCUACGUCGGGCUCACGCGCCUCGAGGUGUCUGCCAUGACCAAGGAGUUUGAGGACAUGGCGCGCACCAAAAAUUCGCGCAAGGAAAUCCAGCUUGCUGCCGAGGCCAUGAAGAUGUGGUCCCAGAAGAUGAUGAUCCGCCUGUAUGCCCACAUGGAGAUUACUACCGACGAGCAGAUCAUGAUCGAGCAGCUCAGUGCCCACGGCGUCCAGCCUGCUGAUCUGACCCCAGUUCUGAUGGCCAACUCCAGGGUGUCGAAUCCCAUGGCCGGGGAGACGGAAUCUCGCACAUCUACUCGGGAAACGACGCCUGCCCCAGACUCGCUGGCACCAGAGGGGCCGGCCAAGGGACACAGCCGCUCUUCUUCAGCGUCCUCUAUUAGAGCCGUCACUAAGGGUGGCAGCAAUAAGGCCGGCCAGCAGCCUGAUGAGGAGGAGGCGGCAGCCCCUCCACUCCCGUACGAGGCACAUACGGUAGAUGAGAUGCCCGGGGUGCAGAUGCCAAGUCAGAUGACGCACUCGGCCAAGAUUGACAUUGAUCUCCGAUGGACGGUCCUAUGCGACCUGUUCCUGGUGCUGAUCGCCGACUCGGUCUACGACGCGAGAUCCAGGGCCCUUCUAGAAAGAGUGGGCAAGAGCCUGGAGAUCAGCUGGCUGGAGAUAUGCCGAUUCGAGAAAAAGGUGACGGACGCGCUUGAAAUGCAGCAGCAGGCCGAGAAGGAGAACUGGAACGAGGACGAGCACAUGGACACACGCCGCAAACUUGCACUCAAGCGCCGGUACGUCAUGAUGGGCCUCGCUACAGUGGGCGGUGGCCUAGUCAUCGGCCUGUCUGCGGGCUUGCUGGCCCCCGUCAUUGGCGCGGGUCUUGUGGCCGGCUUCGGCGCCAUCGGCGUCUCGAGUGGCACGGGCUUCCUGGUGGGCGCCGGCGGGACGGCUAUCAUCGCCACAAGCGCGGCCACUUCGGGCAGCAUCAUCGGCGUCCGCGCCGCAAACCGCCGCACGGGCUCGGUCAAGACUUUUGAGUACCGGCCCCUGCACAACAACAAGCGUGUGAACCUCAUCGUCACAGUUUCGGGAUGGAUGACGGGCAAGGUCGAUGACGUCCGUCUGCCCUUCAGCACAGUCGAUUCGGCCAUGGGUGACAUAUACUCGGUGUUGUGGGAGCCCGAGAUGCUCCGGAGCAUGGGAGACACCAUCAACAUCCUGGCAACCGAGGCAAGCCUCCAGCAGGUUUUGGCCAGCACCUUCCUUACGGCGCUCAUGGCCGCCUUGACGGUACCGGUGGUCCUCACUAAGCUUUCCUACCUGAUUGACAACCCCUGGGCCGUCUCGCUGGACCGAGCCUGGUCGGCAGGCUUGAUCCUUGCCGACUCACUGAUCGACCGCAACCUCGGCACGCGGCCGGUGACGCUGGUCGGGUAUUCCCUGGGCUCCCGCGUCAUCUUCUCGUGCCUUCUCGAGCUCGCUCGCAAAGGCGGUCUGGGCGUGGUGCAGAAUGUGUACCUGUUCGGGUCGCCUGUUGUCGUGAAGCGAGAUGAUUACCUGCGCGCCCGGUCGGUGGUUUCUGGGCGCUUCGUGAAUGCGUACAACCGCAACGACUGGAUUCUGGGCUACCUGUUCAGAUUAACCAACGGCGGCAUCCGGCGUGUGGGCGGACUGGCUCCCAUCGAAGAGGUUCCGAUGCUGGAGAACAUGGAUGUGUCCCAGUUCGUGGAGGGCCACAUGGACUACCGAGCCAAGAUGCCGCGACUCCUGCGCGAGUGCGGCUGGCUCGUGGACAGCGACGAGUUUACAGAAAUCGAGGACCCGGACCCGGAGAACCACGCGUCGCGGCAGCGCGAGCUCAUCAAUGAGAUCGAGGAGGCUCGGAAAGAACUAGAAAACGAGGGCAAGUCCAGCAAGGGGGGAUGGCUCUCGUUUGGGCGCAAGAAGAAGAACAAGAAGAAGGAGUGGGAGAUUUACGAGGAUGCUUCCAAGUCCGCCGCCGCCGGAGGGGCUGCUGGAGGGACCGGAGCGACGAUCAGCAGGACGGAGGACAAGGACGGCAACAACCACGGCGUUCUGUUCGACGUGGAUGCCAUCCGGGCCGAGUUGGCCAAGGAGGCCGAGGAGCAGAAGGAAAAACCAGACCAGCUGCUGGCUGCCAAGGAGUUACCGUCGGCAUUGCCGCCCAUCAAGCUGAGCGUGAGCCCGAUGGCGGGCGACGAAACCCCCAGCGGACUGACGCCGAUAACGGCACGGCCUGUGGCUUCGCCUGCGUUCCCGCGAUCACCACGCGAGAAUCCGGGCGAAACGCAGAGCACAGAGGUGACGACCACCUACCGCAGCUCAUUCGAGACGCGAUCACCGUACGAGUACAAGCCGUCCGAGUCGGCAGCGUACGGCGGCAACGGCGUUGGGGGAGGCUACCGGUCGCCGAGCUACCACAAGGCAGUCCCCGGCAUUGGGGGUGGCGGUGGGAACCUCUCGUUUGAUGACGGGUUUGAUGAUGGCGGCGGCGACGAGAUACAGAUGACGUUUGACACGUCGUUUGACGAGCCGCCAGCGUCGUCGUCGUGGUUGUUCCCGCCAGCGGCUCCGCCGAAAGAUACGUACAAGGCAACCCCUGUGGAGAAAGUGGUGUCGCCCACGGGCUUGUCAGUGUCAUCGGGCGUAUCGCCCACAAGCGCUGUGCCGAGCGCGGGCGAAGCACGGGGGCUGGCCGGGUCGCGACCGGCAAUCACGACGUCGCAAACGAUGCCAAACAUUGGGCAGUCGAACCCGUGGGCCAACCUAGAUGAUGAUUUCGACGACCCCGAGUUCGGGCAGGAGAAGGAGAUAUCCAUGACUUUUGCAUAG